CAACACGGGGAGAAGAUCACGCGUCAGCGUGAGGCGGAAGUCUGCGUAACGCCGCGCAUGCGCAGGAGGACCCGAUUUAGCCGCUGCAUUUCCUGCUUGCCUGUUACCAGUCGGAGCGAUGGCAGGAGUGAGAGCUUCCCUGCUCGGUGGAGUCGCAGCGGCCCUCCUCGCCUCAGCGGUGCUCGCGUUCGUGGAGGAUCUGGACGACACAUUUAAAGAGACUAGAGUAAACGACAUCUGGCUGGUUGAUUUCUAUGCACCUUGGUGUGGUUACUGUAAAAAACUUGAGCCGGUAUGGAACGAGGUGGGACUUGAGCUGAAAAGCUCUGGGUCGCCGGUGCGUGUGGGAAAGAUGGAUGCCACUGCUUACUCUGGAAUGUCAUCAGAGUUUGGUGUCCGUGGUUACCCAACAAUAAAACUGUUAAAGGGCGAUCUCGCCUACAAUUACAAGGGACCAAGGACUAAAGAUGAUAUUGUGGAUUUUGCAACCAGGGUGUCGGGACCGGCCGUCCGAGCACUUCCCAGCAAGCAGAUGUUUGAGCACAUGAUGAAACGACAUGACGUGCUUUUCAUAUAUGUCGGUGGGGAGUCUCCCAUCAAAGAGAAGUACUACGAUGUAGCCUCUGAGCUCAUUGUCUAUACUUAUUUCUUCUCGGCUUCAGAAGAAGUCUUACCAGAGUCAGUUACUUUGCCAGAACUUCCUGCGGUUGUAGUAUUUAAGGACGGAGCCCACUUUACCUAUGAUGAGUAUGCGGACGGUAGUUUGUCGUCAUGGGUGAACAAGGAGCGCUUCCAAGGGUACCUGCAGAUAGAUGGCUUUACACUGUAUGAGCUUGGAGAAACAGGCAAAUUGGUGGCGAUUGCAGUCAUCGAUGAGAAGGACCCCACAGAGAAGAGUGGCAGAUUAAAGACCUUGAUUCAGAGGGUGGCAAAGGAGUACAGAGAACAUUUUAACAGAGUGUUUUCUGUGGUGGAAGAGAUGAGGAGGAACAGGAGACGGCAUGUGACGGAACUUUGGGGAACAAAUAUGAUCCAAGGCUUUUCACGAGACUUCCAGUUUGGACACAUGGAUGGUAAUGACUACAUUAACAGCCUCAUCAUGGGUGAAGUGACAGUGCCCUCCGUUAUCAUCCUGAACACAUCCAACGAACAGUACUUCCUGCCCAGUGAGCCCAUUGAGACCAUGGAGCAGCUGGUCCAAUUCAUCAGCAGCGUUCUGAACGGUUCUGCACAGGCACAUGGAGGUGAUGGCAUCAUUCAGAGGAUCAAACGUGUGGCCUUUGAUGCCAAAUCCACCAUCAUGUCAGUGUUCCGCAGCUCUCCACUGCUGGGCUGCUUCCUGUUCGGCCUCCCGCUGGGUGUCAUCAGCCUGAUGUGCUAUGGGAUCUGCACAGCCGAGACGGAUGACGGUUUGGACGACAUGGAUGCGCUCAAGAGGGAGGGCCUUACUGACGAAGAGGAGGAGGAAGAAGAGGAGGAGAGGCCACUUGUAGCUGAGGUGGAGGGCCCUGAAGAGGGAGAAAACAAGGAAGAGGACUUUGGAGAGAAGGAUCCCGAAGAGAAGAAAACAGAUUAACACAGGGGCUCCUGUCGGGUAGAGGAUGAUGGGCCGAGUCCAGUGCAUUGAAAUGAAACUCAAAGACAUAUCAAUGUAUUAUUGUUGUGCUUCUUUGUUUUUCAUCUCACUCCCCAUCAAAGCCCGUUCUCCUGUCUUUGAGUUGUGUGUCUGUGUGUGAGGUCAGCUUCUCAAUGGAAGUCAUCACGAGUCAUGUUCGAAUCAGUGUCACACAUGAUAACAAAGAGCAAUGGAAUACUGAAAGAUCGUAAUAAAUAAAAAAGUAACAGACGCGGAAUAAAACCGUUUAGGCACAAAAAACCUGUUAAGUAAAAAAAAACAAGAACGCACAUAAGCGCCAGGCAGAAAGUAGAUUGUUAAGUUAUUCACUGCAAUCAUAAGAUGGGACGGCUUUGAACCAAACAUACCCCUUAUUUAUAACCAUGUUCCAUGUGUCAUGUGGCCUCUGACACCGUUUUGAAACCACUUCAUUCUGUCUCUUUAUUCUCAUUCCAAUCUCUUCUGUUGUUUUUAUUCUAAUUUACUUGAGCCUAUAGUUGUGGAAACGGAGAGAUCCUUUUUCAAAGUGAAUUGAAAAGUACCCUGCGAUAUUUUGUUUACCCCCACCCAAAGCCAAAGUGUAGGCUUGUCAUAUAUAGUGAUCCCUGUGUGUAGAAAGCAUAGGAAGUGCCCAAGAAAGAAAAUCUGCCAUUAAUGAAUUGUGAUUUUUCUAUGGUCUGUUAUUGCCCAAAAUAUUUCAUAUAGGAGCAAAGUGCCAAGACUGUCCCACACCUCAUGCCAGACACCUGUUGGUGUCCUUUCAUGCAGACUGGACUCAGUCCAUCUGAUACCAAUUACUGAAACCAUAUCAACCCCCGAACACAUGCUCACAAGUCUUACUACAGACGAGUGGACUCCUAGAACGUGUCCUUGUUUCAAUCUGUCCUCAUCACUGUUUCUGUAUUGAUUCCAGAAUCCCGAUGCACUGAGACAUAGACUAAGCAUACGAAACAUUAGGACCGUCUGCCUACUAGUUUGCCUUUUUGUUGUUUGUUUUUUUGUUUAAAUCUAUGAUUGUCAGUUUGUUAAAUGUUUAUAAAUCCUUUCCUGUUCCCA